AUGCUGGAGCUUGGUGGCGGGGCGCCAUGUGGCCUCAUUGGGGUUAGUGGUAGUGUCAUCGCCGUCACUUGGCCCCACGUUCCUGCUUCUCGUGGCCUUAUCAAAGGACUUAUGAGAUGCAGACAAGUAGAGUGGCGAUCACAAGCUUCGUUGGUUGUUAGAAACGCAGCAUUUACAAGAUCCAAUAUGCCACUUCAUCUGCUAGGGAAAAAGUCAUGGAACGUCUACAAUGCCGACAACGUCGCGCGCGUCCGAAGAGAUGAGGCAGCCGCCAAAGCCGCGGAGCAAGCUGAGGAACAGCGCAUGCAAGAAGUCGACGCCCAAAGGCGAUUAGCAAUUCUGCGUGGCGAGGUACCACCGCCCAUAGAAGACGAACGCGAAGCCGAAUCGGACAUUGUGAAAGACGCUUCUAGUGAUGCGCGAUCGAAAUUCCCUAGUAGCAGUCGCAAGAAGAGGAAACGGCCCGGGGAGGACGAUACCGAGUUCGAGCUACGCCUAGCAAAGGAGAGGAACGAUGCGACCUAUGCAACCGUGGAGUCCGGCCGCAAGCCGGUAAGCGCAGCCCCGAUAGUCGACCAUGCCGGACACAUCGACCUCUUUGGUGACGAGCGGGCGAGAGCGCAUGCAGAGAAGAACCCGGAGGCAGAAGCGGACAGGAAGAAGAAAGAGCGAGAAUAUGAAGACCAGUAUACGAUGCGAUUUUCCAACGCAGCUGGCAAAGAUGGAACCAACCAACCAUGGUACUCGCAUGGCGAAGGAGUCGCUCCAGAUGUCUCCGCAAAGAACGUUUGGGGACGAGACGAUCCGGACCGCAAGUCUCGCGACACUCAGCGAAUCACUUCCACUGACCCGCUAGCUAUGAUGAAGAAGGGAGCCAUGCAAGUUAGGGAGUUGAAAAAAGAGCGCAGAAAAAUACAAGAAGAGAGGGAUGAGGAACUCAGACAGCUGCGCAAAGAAAGCCACCGGGAUAGAUAUAGAGAUAGGCGUUCGGAAAGAGAAGAACGAGAACAUGAGCGCUAUUCAGAUUCCAAGAAGCAUAAUUCGAGGAGGACGCGAUCAAAAGAUCAAGAUUCGGAUUCACGAGGACGCUCUGAUGAACGUCGUAAGAGAAGGAGGCACAAAGAGGAGGACCGGCGGAAGAGGCAUCGCGACUCACGAUCGCGCUCACCAGAUCGGAGGCGGCACCAGCAUGGACUCGAUGAAAAGUGA